AUGGUUGGCCGCAGCACGGUGGGCGGGUCCCACCCUACGGAGGACUCUGCGGGGGCCAUGCGAGGCAGCAAGGUGGGUGCUGUUAGGCAUGUCGGCUGCUGUCGGGUAUCUCCGAAGCUGGAGCCUCAGAAGUCCAGUAUUGCAGACACCAUCGCAGUCUAUGGCAGUUUAGAAGCGGAAGAGUCAGACCUUUUGCCUGACCUGAAGCUGUCCCAGAAACUGAAGCUCAUCUGUGCUUGUCCUCCAAAAGGCAUCAUUGCCAAUGCAGUAACCAAUGUGGCAGCAGCAACACUAAUCUGGGCUGUGGUGUGGUCUGUUGCACAACAUGAGAGUCUUCCUGGUGGGAACUUCUUUGGCCUUUUGUUCCUUUUCUUUUCUGCUGUAAUUGGUGGUAAAGUCAUGGGGCAAAUUAAAUUACCUGGCCUGCCUCCACUCCCGCGUCUUUUUGGAAUGCUGUUUGCUGGCUUUCUCAUCAGAAAUAUCCCAGUCACCAGUGACUUAGUCAAGAUCAACGUGAAAUGGUCAGCGAACGUGAGGAAUAUGGCUCUGUCCAUUAUCUUGGCCCUUGCUGGGCUUGGCCUUGACCCACAGGCUCUGAAUAAGUUAAAAGCUGUCUGUGCCCGGCUAACCUUUGGGCCCGGCGUCACUGAAGCAUGUGCAGCAGCUGUGGCAUCUCAUUUUAUCAUGCAACUGCCAUGGGCAUGGGGAUUAAUGUUAGGAUUUGUUCUGGGUGCCGUGUCUCCCGCCGUUGUUGUCAUUUCAAUGCUGAUGUUGCAGGCACAAGGAUAUGGAACUGAAAAGGGCAUCCCGACCUUGCUAAUAGCAGCCAGCAGCUUAGAUGACAUCGUGGCCAUCACAGGCUUCAAUACCUUUUUGGGGAUGGCCUUCUCUACAGGUAGCCCUGUCUUUGUCACUGUCCUCCGCGGUGUGCUACAGGUUGUGGUUGGUGCAGUAUCUGGGGGCAUUCUUGGACUUUUCAUUUGGUACUUUCCAAGCAAAGAUCAGAAAUUUCUUGUUUGGAAGAGAGCAUUCUUUGUGAUGGGCCUAUCUGUAUUGGCUGUUUUGAGCAGCAAACACUUGGGCUUCCCUGGAUCUGGAGGGCUCUGUACAGUUGUCCUGUCAUUUCUAGGUGGCUUGGCAUGGUCAGAUGAGAAGAGAGAAGUUGAAGAAAUUGUUGCAAUUGCCUGGGAGAUUCUUCAGCCUUUUCUUUUUUCUUUAAUUGGAGCGGAAAUAUCCAUUGUUUCCAUUGGAGCUAGAAAAAUUGGGCUUUGUUUGGCCACAAUGGGUGCUGCGUUAACAGUCCGGAUGACUGCUGCAUUCUUGCUUGUGUCUUGUGCUGGCUUUAAUUUCAAGGAGAAACUCUUUGUUGCAUUGUCAUGGAUCCCCAAAGCAACCGUCCAGGCUGCAAUUGGUUCUGUUGCCUUGGAUACAGCACGAGAUAAGCAUGAUCCAGAGCUAGAAGAAUAUGGUCUGAAUAUCCUGACAGUGGCCUUCUUGUCUAUCCUGAUCACAGCUCCAACUGGAGCUUUACUUAUUGGCCUGAUGGGGCCCAAACUUCUCCACAAGGCCAAUAUAGAUAAUAAAGAAGAUUAUGGACAUGAAAAAGUAAGACAAGAAGAAACAUCUACUCCAGUAUAG